GUGGCAGUUGCCAGAUUGCAGACAACCACGUUUUUACGACAUCGAUUCCUUCCAAGCUCGAGCUGGGAUUUGGACCUCUCCUGAACUCCCAUCUCUGCCUCUCUUUCUCUUCUUCAUCAACACCCCCCCCCCCCUUUCCCUUUUUGGAACUCGGCACAAUGGUCAACUUCAAGUGGUCUUCUCUCGCCCUGCUCGCUCUGCGAGUCGCCACCGCGUUUGCUGCGGAAGAUGUCGACUCCGAGCCCAUCACCGCCGUUCCGGUUGAGAACCCCGAGCUCAAGGCCGACAUUGAGACGACCUUCCCGGAUGCCGACAUCUUCGGCGUCAAGAUCGUCAACGGCCGUGUCACCAAGGCGCUGAUCGAGAUCACCAACCAUGAGGACACGCAAAUCGACGUCGCCUUUGUCGGCGGCAUGCUCAAGACCACCAAGCCGCUGCCCGAGGACGCCCCGGCUUCCGCCGCCAUCCUCCGCAACCUGACGGCCGUCCGGUACGACGUCUCGAUCCCUCCCGGCGAGAAGCACCAGCUUCCCUUCCAGUUCGUCCUCGACAUGAUGCCGCAGGACGUCGUCAUCGAGCUGGUUGCCAUCAUCACCAACGCGGCCUCCAACCAGAUUUUCCAGGCCCAGGCCCACAGCGGCGCCGCGAGCAUCGUCGAGCCGCCCACCAGCCUGUUUGACCCCCAAAUCAUCUUCCUCUACCUCUUCCUCACCGGCGCCUUCGGCGCGACCCUCUACUUCGUGUACAAGACCUGGAUCGAGGCGCUCUUCCCGCAGGCCAAGGCGGCGGCCCCCGGCGCCGGCGGUAAGAAGGCCGCGCGCAAGGCCGCCGCCGCCGCCGCGGUCGCCGAGCCCGAGCCCCAGUCCGGCUACGACUCGGCCGGCGCCACCAGCGGCGGCGACGGCUCCAAGAGCUACGACGAGAGCUGGAUCCCCAACCACCACAUCAACCGCCCCGUGGCGCGCCGCGUCAAGAGCGGCGCCAGCGGCAAGGCGAAAUAGAAUUCUCGUCGUGUUUAGGGGCUGCGAGCCGCGCCGGGGUGUGUGUGGGUGUUGGUUGGUUUGGAUGUGGUUGGGGUUUGGUGGGCGCGAAGUUGGUUGAGUGGAGGAAUGUUGUGGGAAGCUGGUCGAGAAUGCGCGCCGCGGCGGCUUUCCGUGGGAAAAAGCAGAGGAGAAAAAGACGCGUUGCGUGCUUUCGCCGCUUGUGCUAAAAUCAUCCGUGUAAUUCGUUCUGUACAAUCUAGUGGCUGGGCAGGGGAUAAAGGAUGGGAACGGAAAGCGACUUGAUAAAACUAAAUUUAAGGCGUUUCUCGUA